AUGCAUACUAAUUGGUAUAAUAGUAAUUAUAUUAUUAGCUAUAGCAGUAUGGAGGGUACCCGCAUAAUAAGAAAUUCCACCAUAACUCAAAAAAUACGUGAGUUAUAUAAUAAUAUAAAAAUAACUGCAACAGAAGCAGAUAUAAACGCAGCAAAGCUGAAGCUGGAGAGGCUGGUGCAGGAGUGGCUGAAGAGUCUGGAGCGGAAGAGGCAGAAGAGGCAAGAGAAGCUGGAGAGGAUGAAGCAGGAGAUGCAUGAGAGGCUGAAGAGUCUGGAGCAGGAGAUACAGGAGGGGCAGGAGAGUCUGGAGCAGAAGCAGGAGAGGCUGGAGGAGCUGAAGAAGCAGAAGCAGAAGAUGCAGGAGAGGCUAGACAAGCAGGAGAGUCUAGAGAAGCAGGAGCUGGAGAGGCUGGAGAGGAUGAAGCAGGAGCGGGAGCAGAGGAGGCAGAAGAUGCAGGCAGAGUGGGAGCAGAAGAUGCAGGAGAUGCAGACAGAGUGGGAGCAGAAGAUACAGAAGUCGAAGCAGGAGCUGGAGACGCUGAGGCAAAAUAUGAACAGAGGGGCGGAUAUGUGGCUGGGCCAGAAGAUAGAGGAGCAGGAGGCAAAGUGGGUGCAGGAAGAUCAGAAGUGGAAUCAUGAUAUACAGGUGAAGCUGGAUAAUCAGAUGCAGCAGCAGGAUGUGCAGGAGCAGAAGCAGAAUGAGCAGGAGAAGAAGAAGAAAAAGAUACAGGAGACGCUGGAGAAGCUGAAGAAGCAGAAGCAGGAGAUACAGGAGAGGCUGGAGAAGAAGAAGCAGGAGAUACAGGAGAAGAAGAAGUAG